AUGGAUGCUCAGACGUUAUUCGUAUUCAAAGUUGGGCAUAGUGUUUAUAGGCGUCGAAAUCCAACACCAGACAAAACUCAUCAUUGGCGUUGUUAUAUUGAAAGCUGGAGUGAUCAGUAUCCACUCUCAGAAUUUGUCAAUAAUGUUGUUUUUCAACUUCAUGAAACAUUUAAAAACCCCAGACAAGUGGUUUAUAAGGAACCCUUUAGUAUUGAGGAAGACGGCUUCGGAAAUUUUCGAUUGCUUGCCAGGGUGUCUUUCCUGAAUGUUAUCACUGAUCUUUAUUACGAUAUUACACUUCAUGAUAACCACGAACUCUACGCAUUUCGUACAGUGCGUCUGGAUCCAAAAAAUUAUGAUGAAUGGAUUAGAUUUACUCAAUAUGGCGGCAUUCCAAUACCAAAAUCAGCUGAUUCGUAUAUCAUUCAACAAACUGUUGUUGAACCUAUUCAAAGCCACGGGGCAAAAUGUAAUCUUCCAAUUUCAUAUUUCUAUCCCGACUUGACUGCUGCUAUCCUUCAACAGACACCAAUCAAAUUCAAUUCCCCAAUUGCCUCAAUUCCUCGUAGUAGACCAAGCCGAGAGAGUCGAAAGCAAGCUCUAGCCAAUCUAGGAAUUCCAGUCACAACGAAUGCUUCACCAGCUCCACUAACGAAUACCACUGCGGCUACUUCCUCAGUAGUUGCUUCUUCCGGUCGAAAUCCUCCACUCAUAUCCUCUUCCUCCUUCAAACAUAAGAAAAAGCUCCAGUUGAAACAUGAAGCGCAGCUACGUUUGGAGAAGCAGUCUUCAAAUCAGUCUGGCCUUCCUAGCUCUUCCUCGCCUUCCCCUUCUCUUCUUUUACCUCCCACUCUUCAAGCGGUGUACCAGGAUUCUGGCUCUGCGUCGGCAAGCUCACAAAACCGCAGCGUUCCUUUUGUCCAACAGCAGCAGCAGCAACAACAACAACAACAACAACCUGAAAGAAUCGUCAUUCGUCUCCUCCGUUCGGAUAUUGAGAAGAGUAAAAUUAAGAGCAAAAAGAAACACAAACAUAAGAGUCGAAGGUCAACCGACGCUGCCGUUGAUGAUCAACAGCAGCAGCAAUCUGGUAGCAAUCGAUUGGAAUGGUCGUCAUCAAGACCUCCUAGUGGAGUACCUUCUUAUACUCAAUCUUCACACACUUCACUUGGGGGAGGUGAGGAUCACCCUAUUCAACCUUCAUCAUCUUUCUCAACUUCUGCUACUCAUUCCGUUCCUCCAGAUACCACCGGAGUUGCUGUUGGGAGUCAGAAACCGGCAGAGCAAAGUGAAACCGGUACUUUCCCGCAAAUGGACUCCCAGCAAGCGACUUUGGUUUGGCUAUCUCAGCUCAAAGGUGGGCCACAACCUCUUGUCUCUCCUCUACCACCACCUCACACCACUUUCGGCCGCACUUCUUCCUCUUCGCCCUUGCCAGCUCAAUUGCCAUCGCAGACGCAUCCUCAAUCCCAACAGCUACCUCAAUUGCCUUCAGUGGGAAAGGAAUCGGUGUCCAAGGAGUCCAUUUGUAAGGAUUCAAAGUCACGCCGACCCCGGAAGGAUUCGAAACGAACUAACUCCCCGGGUCCUUCUAAACAAGAUACAGGAUUAUCCCCCGAUUCCACCCCACCAAUGUCAGUCGAACCAGUUCCGCAACCAAUACCAGAAGACAGCAACUCCACCAACGAAUUUUCAGGUGCCUACUUUGACAAUGAGCAGUUGGAGAAGUUGUUUGACCGUCUUUGUUCCUUACGACAUGAAGAAAGUGCAUUGAGAUUGGGAGAGAUUUUAACACGAUAUAGCAAACGCACCGAUUCAGAUUGUGGAGUGACUGUUGUGGAAUUGCCCGACUCUUAUCCCACGGUGAUUUCAUUUGAUUUGAGAAAGCUUCCUCCUCCUUGCGUUCUUGAAUUGGCUCAAGUUGCCUUGGAUGAUGAAAAUAUGCCAACAUCUCCUAGCUAA